UGGUUAGUAUAUUUGGCUCCUCCCUCUCCUCUCGUAAAGGAGGACGGAACGAAACGGAACGUGGACCACGUGGCUGUACCUACCCGCGCCUGGAUUGAGAUUUAGUCUGCCGAGGGAAGAAGGCCGGGGGAGGAAGCUACCGAUCCCUCACAGCACUAGCAGCACGGAACAGGAGCGAGAUUAAUGGCGUCUCAUCCUCAUCCUCCAUCCAGCAAGGGCGAGAGCGAUGUGGAGUCGAUCCAUGUCCCUUCCCAGGCCACCGACGGCUCCGACGCCACCAGGCCCUUGCUGCCCGCCGCCUGCGAGGCCUACUCCGUCUCCGCCGCAAUCCUCCCCUUCUUCUUCCCUGCUUUGGGAGGCCUUCUCUAUGGCUAUGACAUUGGGGCGACAUCUGGUGCCACCAUAUCGCUCAAGUCCUCCACAUCCAGUGGCACAACAUGGUACGACCUGUCGUCAGUGCAAACUGGUCUCGUGGUCAGCGGCUCACUCUAUGGCGCUCUGAUUGGAUCUGCCAUGGCAUUUACCAUUGCAGAUUUUCUAGGAAGACGCAGAGAGCUUGUUGUUGCUUCGAUCUCAUAUUUAGUUGGAGCUCUUCUCACAGCAGUGGCGCCUAACUUCCUUAUCAUGGUGGUUGGUCGCUUUUUAUAUGGCAUAGGAAUCGGAUUGGCUAUGCAUGCUGCUCCCAUGUAUAUUGCAGAGACUGCUCCAAGUCAGAUUAGAGGCAUGCUUAUUUCUCUCAAGGAGUUCUUUAUUGUUCUUGGGAUGCUUCUUGGCUAUAUAGUAGGUAAUUUCUUUGUCGAAGUGCUUUCUGGUUGGCGCUACAUGUAUGCUACCAGUACUCCGGUAUGUGUCAUAAUGGGAAUCGGAAUGUGCUGGCUACCUGCUUCACCAAGGUGGCUUUUGUUAUGUGCCACACAAGGGAAAGGAAAUCUGCUGGAGACAAAAGAAAAUGCUACCCGUUGCUUAUGCCGAUUGAGGGGUCAAGCUUCACCUCAUUUGGUUUCAGAGCAGGUUAAUUUGAUUCUGGAUGAACUGUCAUAUGUUGGUGAAGAGAAAAAAGCAGGCUUCAGCGAGGUCUUUCAGGGAAAAUGUCUCAAAGCAAUGAUAAUUGGAUGUGGCUUGGUGUUCUUUCAGCAGGUCACUGGUCAACCAAGUGUGCUCUAUUAUGCUGCAACAAUCUUUCAGACUGCUGGAUUCUCUGGAGCAUCUGAUGCCACUCGUGUAUCAAUUCUUCUUGGCUUAUUGAAGCUGAUUAUGACUGGAGUAGCCGUUCUUGUGGUUGACAGACUUGGCAGAAGACCAUUACUUAUUGGAGGUGUCAGUGGAAUUGCUGUUGCCCUAUUCUUGCUGUCUUCAUACUAUACCUUGUUUAAGGGUGCUUCGUAUGUGGCUGUAAUAGCACUUCUACUGUAUGUUGGCUCCUACCAGUUGUCAUUUGGUCCGAUUGGUUGGCUUAUGAUUUCGGAGGUCUUCCCGCUGAAACUUCGAGGCCGUGGAUUGAGUGUUGCUGUUCUUGUCAACUUCGCCUCCAAUGCACUGGUCACUUUUGCUUUCUCCCCACUAGAGGACUUGAUUGGCACUGGGGUCCUCUUUGCUUCGUUCGGGGUGAUUGCGUUGGCGUCUCUCGGUUUCAUAUUAUGCAUCGUGCCCGAAACAAAAGGGCUCACCCUCGAAGAGAUUGAAGCCAAACUGUAGGAGUGUAGGCCCAGAUGUUAGUAUUGUCAUGUUAAUUAGCAUUGUGUUUGCUUCUCUUAGUCGCUUAAUCACUGUUGUACUAUUACAUUGAGAAAUUUACUUGUUUACAGCUGAAUAAAGUAGUAUAUCGCUAGAA